AUGCAGUCUUUCGAGACGCGCCCUUUGCACACGCUGCCGCACCAGUCGCCGUACAUCGGCUCCGUUCCUGGCAUCCCCUCGCAGUCGUCGGGAGAGGCACACUUCUUUGGCGCCCAUCCCAGUCCCUACUCCUCGAACAGCGCUGCAGGGAGCUACGCAUCAUCAGAACCGAACGAAAGCAUGGCCACGCAAGCGGCGAUCAGCCGUCAGACAUAUCCGCCAAUCUCAAGCUACCAGACUCCACAGUCGAACUCACCGGCUUCCAUCCAUUCGCCGCAAACUGACGCACAUGGUCGCCCGUUGUAUGGCAUACCCUCCAUGCCACAACAAAUGUACUAUCCACAGUAUCAGAUGCAGCAGCAGCAGUCGCCGUACGGCCAGCAUCCUGCUGCUGCAUCGCACUCCUCCAUGACUUCGGCGCCAGGCAUGCUUAUGUCGCAUCAGCAGCCGCAGCAACACAUGCAGCAGCCGCCACAAGCGCAAGCCGGUCACCCGCAAGGCAUGCUUGAUAACAAGUCUUCGCAAUCCUCCCUCCAACGACCACCUUCUGCACUUGCUCCUCCCCAAGCACCUCAAACUCCCUCUGGACCAGGUAUGCACGGCCAUCUUCCGACCUCUUCUUCUUCAGAUCACGGCCCUAACUCGAGCGCAGCGCCCGGUCCCAUUCCCGCGACCACACCGCUAGUUGUGCGACAAGACAACAAUGGCGUGCAAUGGAUCGCAUUUGAAUACUCGCGCGACCGUGUGAAAAUGGAAUACACGAUCCGCUGCGACGUCGAAUCCGUCAAUGUCGACGAAUUGAGCCCCGAGUUCAAGUCGGCCAACUGUGUGUACCCGCGCGCGUGCUGUGGGAAAGACCAAUACAAGGGAAAUCGCCUACACUACGAGAGCGAAUGCAACGCGGUCGGUUGGGCGCUCGCGCAAUUGAAUCCCAAUUUGCGCGAGAAACGCGGCCUGAUUCAACGCGCUGUGGAUAGCUGGAGAAACAGCAACCAGGACGUCAGGCUUCGCAGUCGCCGAGUCCGACGCAUGGCAAAGAUCCAGAAUAGAAACGCAGCGAAAGCGACACCUGGUGCGCCAGGUCAGUACCCAGGUCCACAGGGCCCAGGUAGCGGAGGCCUGCCACCACAGGGCAUGCCUCCUGGUUCUGGCCGACCGCCCAUGGGCCCUGGACCUCAGAUGCACCACCACCAUACCGACGGAAGUGAGCCCGGCGGUGGGAACGAUGUUAGCGCCGGAAAUGAAUACGGUAGUGGAACCGGGCAUCCUAACCAGCCGACAAACGGGCAAAACGAUCUGACAUCGCCUUCUACGGGCCGCUAUUCACAGAACUUCUAUCCCUCGUACCCCCAGCAACCAGGUGUGGGAGGCUCGUCCAUGCCCUCAGUCCACGACGCCAUGGAUCCCAUGCACAGCCAAGCCUCCACGCUUGCCACACCAGCUCGCGAAUCUGUCAAAAAAGAAGAUGAAGAGCACAGGCGUGCCCUAUUCGGCGAUGUACCAGAGUCCAAACGACGCAAGUUUAUCCUCGUCGAUGACAACCAACGUGGUACCCGCGUCCGAGUGCGUGUCAUGCUGGACCAAGUCAAGAUGGACGACAUGCCCGAUGCCCAUCUGAGAAUCAACGCCGUCUACCCACGUUCAUACUUUCCCCGUCAGAUGAGGUCGCCGCCCGGAUCCCCGGGUGCACGUGGCAACUGGGACGACGAGAACGAUGAGGGUGAGGAUGGACAGACGUUGCCACCACAGGGCAAAACCCUCGUGCCCGUCUCGCUCAUGGACGGCAGCGAGGCUAAACUGCCAGUACCUCGCAUGACCAAAUCCAAGAGAAGCAAGGAGGUCGCCUUGAAUGAGCUUGGCUACCGCAUGAGCUGGGGCCAGGCGAGAACGUUCAAUGGUCGAACACUAUUCCUUCAACGCUCUCUCGACGCUUAUAGAAACAAGAUGCGCAGCACAAUGAUUGCUGGAGGCAGCGACACAGCGACCAUCGCGCCUCACUUCGAGACUCGGCCAGGAAAGCGCAAGUGGCUCGAGAGAAACAAGCGAGCCAGGCGGGCUGACUCGAUGCCUUGA